UUCAUAUACCCACCAUCCGCAUAGUCGCGCACAAUUUACACAUACGUAACAUAAUCGAUCGCAAGAAUCAGGUGCACGCGGUGAGGUGACAUGCAUGCGGCAAGUUGACAGCGUUGCCCUGCGUGUCGAGUGUCGUAGGGUUCACCUGGAAACUUCGAGCAGGAGGAGAAGGUUGAGGGUGGGUAGGGGGGACACGAGAACAAGGGAGACUAUCUGCAGGCUGUAGCAACAUAAUUUUCUGACAGAGUAUUGUGAGGUUGUUUGAGAUAGUUAACCCGUUUUUCACAUCGACGAACGAAGAUAAAUUAUUUUAAAUCAAACGAUGAGUUAUCAUAGAGGUAAAAACUUUUAGCAGAUGUACCCAGCAUAUUUAUUUGGCUGGGAGGUGAUUUUCGCAAUAAGUUCUCCCCGCUGGUCCUUGUCAGCAAAGUGUAACCGAGACCUCGUACUGAGCUUUUCGUUGUACGAUAUGGAGGAUUAUUGGCGAAAGUAGACGAGAAACAUCGUAAACAACAUUAUGAAGUGGUUCUGAACAUGUCAUCUCAAGAGAAAAUCGAAAUGACGAACAACACAGCCACAUCAUCCUUAUCAGUGGAUGCUGCAGUGUUUGUUCCCACCAAAUGUUCACAGAGCCAUGCCCCAUAUUCUAAAGAUGCUACUCAGGUCUCAAAAGGGCAUCAGAGUGGGGUACCAAGAUCCUUGAUGGAGGUGCCUCCUUACAUGACAAACUGCUACCCUUUUGUAUCACCCAACAGUUCUGCUCGACCUAAACAAUGGACAGAGUCAAGAAGAUUUGUUCAGCCUUGCCAGCUGCCUUUCCAUGGAGGUGCUCCCAGACAUCGCUUUACACCACCCCUCCAAGUUCACUUCAAUACCCAGGGCAGUUAUUCACAGGGACACCAGUGGAUGGCCAAUACAGUAGCGCCCACGCAUCCCCUUGUUGUGACACCAGCAGCUGUUGGUUUUCCUGUGACAUUCGAUGGAGGAACAGAGGAUCUGGGUGAUGGUCUUCUGCCCACACCUCCUAUCCCUCCUUUAAACAUGCAAGGAGUUGUAAAUCCUUUGACUCGUGUGGUGGUGCCAGAUGGGCCACAAUAUACCACAUCAUUGCCAAUAACACCACAGCAGAUGAUGCGAUCAGGGCCAAAAAACAAUGCUCUUAACUACCAGAUGAGCAAAGGAAGCAUACCAUGGGGAAGGAAGGGCAGCAGUCAGGGUGGCAGGGUGAGCACAGGUACACAGAAUGAAAACCUUGGACCUUUGUUAAGACCAGGGAGUAGAGCUAUUAUCAUGAAGGACAACUCUGUGCAAACAGACUUCAAUGAAGAAAUUGCAGACCUGACUCUCUCGGAAAAACCCAACACAUUCUAUCGACGAGGACAAAAGAAGAAUAAGGGGAGCCAUCCUCACAUUAGCACUGACUCAGAGGAGGUGGACUCAGACAGUGGCUACAGCAGUCCCCUACAUCGGAAAAACCUUGUGUCAAAUGGCACCCAUCCAGUGCGUAUCAGUGCCUUAGUGGAGGUGGAUGCUGAACAAGACAAUGAUGCCAUGACCUUGAGCAGCAGAAUUUGUAGGAGCAGCAGCAGCCUUGGUGUUGAAGGAGGAAUGGGUGCUGCUAGUGCCAGGCAAUUAGCCAGUCAUAGACCUAAAGAUGGUUCUAAAGCUGGAAAUGUUCCUAAGGAGGUCUUACCUCAAGGGCAGAAAAUUUCACCCAAACUUUUGGGAUCUUCAUCUGUGAAGGAUUCAGUUUGGACUGGUGAUGGUAGCAAGGAUGUAUCAAGGCCACUAGGUGAAGCCACCAAAGCAGGAGGAAGACGUCAUGCCAGUAUUGUAGAUGGUCAGAGCUGGGAUAGUGCCAAGGCUGCAGGAAUUAUGGAAAACAUUCUGCAAUCCCCAGGGAAAGACAGUCUCAGAAAAGAACCCUACUCCCCAAAGCCUGAUUUUCCUGCUCUUAAGCCAGCCAAACAUAACGAACCACCUUGGUCAUUAGCUCCCAGCUGCCAGAAACUCAGGGUGAGUGAAAGCAUGACUGUGGAAGGAUCAAAUCCUACCAUCAAGUCCUAUGCAUCCAUUGUGAAGUCCCUAUCCACCCCAUCCUAUUCACCCCAUACCCAUGCCAGUGUUGUGUCUGCCUUGCCAGGUACAGCAAUUCAAAUCAGCAACUGUGAUGUUCAACAGCAAAACUGUGAUAUACCCUUUGCCAGACAGAGUACUUCAGAUGAAGGACAGACAACAGCUCGAAUCCUCAUGCUGUCUGAGGUGCAUUCUGUGGACUCUGUUCUAAAAAAUAUUGCCAACUCUCGACAGCAGAUCCAUCCUCCUGUGCCACUCCAUGAUCAGCAUCCACAGCUAACACAGCAACAGCACCUUCAGUCACCAACACAACAGCAUGGUGGGCAGUCAGAAGAGGAUGGCAAGAGUGAGACUGGUGGGAAGAAGAGGCGUCGACGCAGGCGGAACCGGCGGCAGAAAACAAAAGGCAGUGAAGAGGGAUUCAGUGAUGGCUUGUCAGGCAUGGAGCGUACAGUGUCCAGUUCCAACAUAUCACGAACCUCUGACAUUACUCUUCACUUUGAUGAAGAAACAGACUUUCCUGACAUUGGUUUAUCCAAUGGGGCAGGCAGUGCAGCAUUCACACGAGUGGAAUCUUCAUUGUCCCUUUCAUACAGUGAUGUUUUAAAAAGGAAGCCUGCUGUUAGUGAUGUCAGAAAUCGAACACAGUCUGCUCCUUGUUCCUGUCUUUCAGGCGAGGAAGGAGGUGAUGAAAACUUCAGUUCCCAGCCAGGACAAGUUCCUGAAAGCAAGAAAGCUCGUAAACGCAAAAAGCGACGAGAGUUGGCCAAUCGUGCAGCAGAUGCAGAGCUGGCUGAAAUUUCACUGGAGCAGCAGAUGCUUCGUGAGUUGGGACACAAAAGCACUAGUCGAAGUGUUCGGCCACGUUCAACUUCUCGGGAAGGGAAAUCUCCCUCUCGAGGCCUUAUCACAGACCAGAAUGUCGUGAAGCAGAGCAAAGCAACCAAGGUUAAGGCCCAUGAGCCAAUGACCCUCAGCAUUGCAGACAUGCUGGAUGCCUUUGAGAAAAAGAAAGCAUUGGAGCAGAAAACAGCCCCUGUAAAUGACGGCAGCAAAAAAGUCCCAGCAGUGAAGGAUGAUCGUCGUGUAAAAGGGAACAUUUUAGAUGGCAGUGCCCCAGUUCUGAAACGUGGCAAGGAACGAGAAGUACCCAAACACAAGAAACCAAGCCCACUGAAAAAGGUCAUCCUCAAGGAACGGGAGGAGAAGAAACGAAUGCGGCUAAUAGAAGAGUGUGGUAUAUAUGCAGAUUUAAACAGCGUGACCAGUGAAGCAGAAGGUGGUUUGGAGGAUGAUAAUUCUGGGAACCCUGUUGGACUUGCAGAAAGUGACCUUUCACAAGAUGGGCUAAGCUCAAGAUCUGUGGACACAGAUCAGGGAGUAUCACCAGGUGCAGACCUGUCACCCAUCAGCCAGACAAGUCCCAUGAGCAUGAGUCCCCUAACUCCUGGUGCCAGUCCAAUCAGCAGCCCCAUUGCUGGAUACCUUGGCCGUGACCCUGUCCUCUUGCGCAUCCACAGCCGGCGUUUUCGAGAAUAUUGUACACAGAUUCUGGACAAAGACAUUGAUGCCUGCUGCACAUCACUGCUACAGGAGCUGGUCAGGUUUCAGGACCGUAUGUACCAUAAAGAUCCUGCCAAGGCAAAAACUAAAAGGAGGAUUGUCCUGGGACUAAGGGAGGUAACCAAGCAUCUAAAAUUGAAGAAGAUCAAAUGUGUCGUUAUUUCACCAAAUCUUGAAAAAAUUCAGUCGAAAGGUGGCCUGGAUGAAGCGCUCAACAACAUCCUGAACAUGUGCCAAGAACAGAGUGUGCCAUUUGUUUUUGCACUGGGGCGACGUGCUCUGGGGCGGGCCUGUGCCAAGUUAGUCCCAGUCAGUGUCGCAGGCAUCUUUAAUUAUGAUGGAUGUGAGGCAAAGUUUAACCAGCUCAUCUCCCUAACACACAAAGGACGUGAGGCCUACAAAGAGAUGGUCCAAGCUAUUGAGCUGGAAAUUGCUCAGAACCCACCACCGUCCAUGUCUGCCAGCUCUUCUGUCCCGAGUCUGUAUGCACAUAUGGGCCAUUCCCGCACUCCUUCGGGCUGCAGUGCCAUCUCAUUCACCAGCAGCAUCCUGUCAGAACCAAUAUCAGAAAACUUUCCUCAUGCUGAGCCUGAAACUGACAGCAAGGGCUAUGAGAUUGUUGUGCGCAGCCACAUGUCAAACGAAAUGGCACUUAAUGGCCAUUCUGCUGGCAAUGUCAGUGAAACCCCUCACACCUCCAGCAGUAGGAGUAUACUGCAGAACUGUGUAGGACUGACAAACUUCCAGCCCUCUGUGGAUGAUAUCGAUGAUGGAAACGAGGCUGACACAGAAGAUUUUGCUGACCUGCCUCAGCAGAAGAAGGCCAGCAGUGGUAGCCCUCUUGGAAAGGCUACAGACAGGAGGAACUCUGGUGGUGGUGACAGCGCUACAAGAGCUAAAGGAGUUGCACCAACAUUGAAUGAUGAAAAGAAGAAUGGGGAUCCUCAAGAUGUUCGUAGUGAUAGCAGCUUGAAAAAGGAUGAAAAUGAGGAAGAUGCCUGUGGAAGCGAAAGUGACUUGCAGUUCUGUGACCUCCCCCCCAUUGAUUCCAUUCACAACAGCACCUACGACUUGAACACUGAGAUCCUCUCACAGCCCUCCUCCAGGACUGUGGAGAACAGCGAGGUGCUGUCCACACACUCAUCAAAGACCGUAGGGGAAUGCAGCCUGGCCCCUUCAGCUGCCGAGCGAGCACGGCAGGAGGGGUCACACACCCCAGAGAGUGGACACGGUGCCAGUCGUGUGCGGCUGAUAGACAAAGACCGCAUUCAGACAUGGCUUGAAACAACUCAGCUGUGUCUUGAUGGCAAGGAUUCUCAACUGAUUGAAGAAGAAGAAGGUAACACAGACAAAUACAAAGAUGUGGAUGGACAAAAUCUGGAGGAGGAGCAGGCCAGAACUUAGCCCAGUGUAUAUAUAAAUAUAUAAAAUUUUGUAUUCUGGGUUUUUAAAAAAAUUAAAUUGCCUCCUAAGUAUUUGCACAUCAACAAUAUCUGUUGAAAAACAACUUCUACCUUCAGUGCAGUUUGUACAGUGCCAUAAUAUUCUGAAGUGACAUAGGUUGUAAAUGAGUGGUUAGCAAAAUAUCCCAUCUGAGACAAGUCUGACCAUGGAUUUAAAGUGGCCAUCAUUUAUUUGCUGCUAAUGGCAAAGUCUGUAGAGAUCACCUGCAAGACAUACUUGCUACAGACCAUACUUCUCACACUGUUUCCUGCCUGACCUUGUAAUUUAUCAUUAUUCAUAUUAAGUUGGUAAACCAUUUGCAUGUGUGUGCAUGUGUUGUGGAGGAAGAAGGGGUGUGGAUUGCAUAUCACCGAUAGCUUCUCAUGUUCUCGUUCCGCAAGUAGGAGUCGGACAAGAUUUGCAUUCUUUCUGUCAUGUACGGAUAUCUACAGCAAGGCUUAGGAUUAUGGAGAGCGCAUCAGAGUUUUGUAUGCCUGCUGUCUCUUUUUUUGUCUGGUUCCUUAUCAAAAGUCCCUCACAAAAAAACUCCCAGAAUUUGUGCACAUGACUGUUGAAUAAUUUAUCCAGGAUAUCAGCCAGAUCCCAACCAUGUGCCCAGCUAUGAUCCCCAAAAUUUGUUGAUUUUUUUUUUUUUUUAAUAUCAUUCAUAGGUCUUAAUGAUGUUAGCUGCUUCAUUUUGCAAGCAGGCAUUUAAAAUAUUUUGUAUAGUCUUUCAUUGUUUGGUAUACUAUCCAGUUUUUUUCAAAACAAAAAAUUCAUGCAGUUACAGGCAAACGUAACUAUCCAGCUUCAUUUCUCAUUUUACUGUAGAAUUUAACCAGUCUGUAUUUUUUCUAGAUCAUUAAUAUAUUUUAAACUUUCUGUAAGUAGCAUUUUUCCUUUACUUUCAUUACGUUCUUAUCAAGCAAGUUUCAUUUACACAAGCAGAUAUUAAUGUCUUUUAAAUUUCUUAGCCCAGUUGAAGUGUUGUAUGGAAUAUCACGAUAGACACUUGUGCAUGUAUAUUGGGAAUGUGUUCAUGAAAUACAUUUAAAAUAUAAGGUGAUGAAAUAGUCUAAAAUGCAGUCAAGUACUGUUUUGUGAUAAACUGUUUUGGGUUGUUUAUACUUUAUUUGUUAAAAAAAAAUGUUACUGAAAAUAAAACUCAUGAUAAGCCAAGGCUCCAAGUCCUCCCCAUUUCAAACAAAAUCUUCAGUUGUGCACAACACACUGGGUGUUGUUUGACUAAUAAUACUUUCAAGCAUGGAAUAUUGUAACCAUCUCUUUCUUCUCGAUGUUUUGAUGCAGCUUGUCAAUUACACUAAACCAUUUCAGUUUGCUUUUUAUUGUAAUUUGCACAAUCACUCAUUUUGGCCAGUACAUGUACCAUAGCAUAACAAAAAAAUUAUUCAUUUCUACAUAUGACACAUUCAAAGAAUAUGUUAAUGUAACAACUAAAGUACCCCUUAAACUGGUGUUGUGUAGUUUGAAAACUUUUUUUGGUCAGAUUAACAUGAUAAUAAAAACAAGAUUACAACAUAAAAUGUUGUGGUCUAUGAUACAAAGUAAGAGUUGCAGGAGAAAAACUAGUGGGUUAAACAUCUUAUUUGCUGAUUAUGCUCACUGUAGCCCAGCACCAGGAUUCCAUAGCCUGCCAUGUUUCUUUACUUUGAAGUAAGGUUAAUUUUGUAUUCAUGAAGCUCAUUGGCCUAGUUGGGUUACUUUUAUCCAUUCAGUAAUUUAUCACAGAGGGUCUCUUCCAAUAAUAACUUGAUCUCUGUUUAGAAUUGAACACAGAAUAGUUUGAUACCUAAUAAAUACAGUAGAAAGUAUGAUGAUACAGUACUAUUUAAUAAAUAUUGAUUUUACUAAAUUCAUGAUCUGAAACCAGAAAAUGCAGUCAAUGUGGUGUCCUUAAUUUUUUUUUUUUUAAGUCACGUUUUUUAAUACAAAAUAAAAUUUUGACAUCCAAUAUUUAAAUAUGGAUAAAUAGAUAAAAGUGACUUUACAAAUGUCCUUUUUUCAGUUUUGUUAUUUUGCAUUAAGCUUCUUACAUGCACCCUUACUGGUACACAUUUACUAUUCAACCAAAGAAAUUCUUGCUUUUGCUGAAGCUUUAUAUUGUUUAAAAUCAUUUUUGUUCAUUUGUGUAAAUAGUGACACAGAUUUCACCUUCAUUGAUAUGUGAGGACUGUGUCAGCAUGAAUCACAUAGUCUACAGAUGUUUCUGUGUGUGAACUGCAUCCAAUUUUAUUUUUGAUCAUGUUUUCACUGUAUUCUGGCAGUGUUCAUUGUGCGUUAUAACCCCAUUUUAUAAAAUUUAUUUUUUGGGGAUUUUUGUUGUCUUUAUUUUUGAGGUGUCAUUGUUUUAACUGUGUUGUGGCACUUUUUACCAUGCUGUCACAGGGCUGUCCAGUAGCUAUGUUGAUAUCAUUUUCGAAAUGGUUUUGUCAUAGUAGGCCCAUACACCUUUCUUUAGUUUUCACAUUCGUCUUCCAAUUUUUCUCUUUAUUAUUUUUUACCUUUUCUUGUUCCCACUUUAAUUUCUGAAAUUUUUCUGUACACGUUUACUUUGUUUUCCUUCACCUUCACUUUUGUAGCGAGGGGCCUGUCUCUUGCCCCACUGAAGAAAAAGCAAGGUAUACAUAUACAUUUUAUGUGGUUUUUCCUUGUGAUAUUUGCAUACAUGGUUACAAGAAACUUUAUUUCAUAUUUAUGUGAAUAUUUUCCCCUUUGCUGAAAUUAAGUGGGGUUUUGGGGGAGGGGGAAUCUGCCAGUGAGUUGUCUGCCCAUGUAGACUGCCUUCACCUAUGUAGCAAUUGCAUGAGGUGAAAAGGCUGAGCUUUUUUUUCUAAACUUUGGGACAAUGGAGAUAUGUAAAUUUACACUUGCACUGCCAUGAAAAACAAAUUCACUUGGCACUCCUUGCAUUUGGUGAGUAAGUUGGGCCAGUCUUGCAUUUCUAUGUGACCCAUCUGUUUGUAGUGGAAAAGAAUGCAUUGAAGAUCUGUGCUUGCAGGGUAUGUUUUAAGCUAGGCACUCUUCAGAUAACUGUCCUUUAAAAACAGGUGAAGUAUCAACAGAUUCUGGAUCGUACAUUUCCUUGCAGAAUUUAUAUAAAUUAUUGUGAUUCCAGCUCUGCCAAUGCACUGAUGCAGCAGAAACAUCACCUUCAGAUUUCUCAUUAUUUUUUCUCUAGUCUUAUUCUAUGGGAGGAUUUUGUAGCCUGCUGUUUAGUGUGCUCAGCUGUGGGGCAGGUCAUUGGUUCAAAGUCUGCUCAAACCUACUUCUGGAAAAUUUCUCUUUGUCGGAAAAGUUAAAGGAAGCAGAGGGCUAUAUAUGUUGAAAUAAUUUCUCUCUCCCAUACACUAUAGGUUUUGGUGGGUGAAUAGUGUGGAUUUGAAAAGUAAGGUUUUCAGUACUUAAAAAUGUGAAAAUGGCUUAGGUCAGUACAUAAAUGUUUGACCCCUUGGUUAUGUUUUAUAUAUAUAGAGUGUGUUAUGGCUAUGAUUGACAAAAAGGGACUUCCACCUUAUAUUGUGGUACUGUGACUAGUGCUGACAAGCACUCGGCACCUUUUAAGCCUUGAUGGUAGAAUUGUUGUCUUGAGCUGGAUUUAUGGUAGAAAUGGCCAGUUACAUGCGAUAAAAGUUAGAGCUAGUGAUGAAAUCAUACCAGCUUCUGUUUUAGUUUUUCAUUAUGCAGCCACUGCAUAACACUUUUCUAUAUUAUGUUUGUCAAGAUGGCCAAGACAAUAUAUUGAAUGGGUUUUCUAAAAUGAAUAUAUGCAAAAAUUUUAUCUAGAGACCACUUCCAUUAAGAGUAAAAUUGUGAAUGGAAAUUUACUUUGAUUUUUCUUAGCUUUAGAAAGUCACAUCCAAAAUUUUUUUUACUUACUCAUUAUUUUGUUUAGCCACAUUUUGUUUUAACAAAAGCCAUCUCCAUUAUUCCUUAACUAAAUUUGUUCAAGGAGCAUCUGAUAAAUUAAGUGCUUGUCUCUUCUGGACAUGCGUUAGGGAUGUGAAACCCUUAUUCAGUAGCUGUACAUGGGAUUAUCCAGUUGUUGUGCAUGACUGAUUUGGCCCUAAAACCUUGUAAACUGCACAUCUACACUAAACACCUUGCAUGUUAAUUUUCCUGUAUAUAAGCUCCAGAAAUUAUUGCUCUAGUUUUUUAUCUUUUGUAACAAAUCAGUAACAAGCCCAAGUAUUGCUAUGUUAACCUCAUGGUAGGUGGGAAUCAUGCCUCUAAAUAUCAGUGCCUCACUCUUCCAUUAUCGUACCAAUAAAUGAUGGACGUGUAUAGGUGGAUUGCUAUCUGCUGAGACCAACGCUCAGCCUCUUGCAAAGUUCUCCGCCGUUAGUCUCGGCGAGCCUAAACAAUGAAUGUGACAAAAACCAGAAGCUUUGUACACACCUGCCUCGUUAACUGGGGAAAAAAUCGUCUGCCAACAGUCCAGUAAUACAAAUUGGUGAAUAAAUAUCAUGAGGGAUUUUCUGACUGAACUGUAUUAGAUUUUUUUUUUAACCACAAACCUUUUUUUGUGGACAGGAAUCAACCACUGGACUGUUAAGUACAAGUUAGGAUUUAGGAGAUAAGCCAUUUUAGAACUGAUGAAUUCAAUCGCAGCAACUAUUGAGUUGUCAGAUUGACAGGGAGCAAUAAUGCAAUAAUUUAGUAAUGCAGGUACUAAAUAAGUGAAUUUAUUCAACUGUUAAUAAAAUUCAUUUAGCUUCUUGUCCAGAGCUACCGAAAGUAACAUAUUUAUUUUUGAACAUUUUUGGGAAGAAUUAGAACUUGGGCUAAGAAUCAAUAUGUGGAUAUAGAAAUGAUUGUAAAUUAGUAUAAUAAUAUUUAUAAUAUUGUCCAUAAUUACAGGACUGACCUCGGUCUCUGUUGUUUCCAGAUUGUGGGUGGGAUUACACACCUGUUAUAUCUAUAAACAAAAUGAUGUUUUGUGCUGCAACCCAUAUUUUGCAUUGCCUCUAAGACAUGGAUACAUGUUUCAGAUUUUGUUAACACUUUGACUUUAUGUCACCAACUGAUUUCAAGACCUGUGUCCACCAAUGCAUUGCAUGCAUAACUGUAAGGUGGGUCACACGGUCCUUUAGCAAACCCUGUGUCUAAUGGAAGGAUGAAAACCUGUGUGAUUGUUUUAAAGUUGCAGGUGACUCACUUGAGUCAGCAACUUUAACUCAGUUGUGAGCACUUGUCCUCAGGCUAUGCAUUUUACUUUCAUUAAAUACCCACAGAUAACUUAUGAUAGUAAAUUUAUUGUGAAAAUAAAACCAUGUUUUUAUAAAGUAGUUUGAGGACAAAAAACCUGCUUCUACCUUAGAUCUUUAAUUUCCCAAGUUUAAAAAAAAAAAUGUUGCACUGCCCCUUCAGAUGUAACCAUACUGUACUACAUAUUGAAGUAUACAUGUAUACUGCUCAGUGUAACUGAGCUCAUCAAUAUUUAUUUUUGAACUGAUAGCUGCUUUUGGAUGAAAAAUAAUUUUGUCAUCAAAA